UUCAAACAUGUAGAGUCAAGGGGCCAACAUUACUUGGAAUUUGUCAUGAUUGGCUAGCUUGCCUGGAUAAGCUACCUGAUGAAGCAGUGACUUAUGCCAUGAAAAGCUUUGGGAAGGAUGUCCGAGCCCUGAUGGUUCAACAAGGUGAAGAGCAUCGACAAAAGAGGAAGGUUGAUGGACUUGCCAGAGAACUUGACAGGAAGGUUUUGGCAUUUGAAAGGACAGAGAGAAGGGUUCUUGGGUUGAAGUUUUCCGAGCAGGAAACGGAACUGCAUGUACGGAAUCGCAUCGAGUAUUUGAGUGAGAUGAAGGACCAGUUGGACAUGUUUAGGAAGAGGCUAGAGGCAGAGAAGGUGAAACAUCAUUCCAGUAUGCAUGAGACACAACAUAUUGCUGUGAAUGGAUUUCAGACAGGGUUUUCUUCAGUUUUUGAAGCCUUGGCCGAGUUUUCAAAGAGUGCUAUGAAAAUGUAUGAUGGCCUUAUAGCAUUCAGUGAAAACGCAAUGGGAUUUGAUGAAAAAAAUACCAACCCAUCAUAAAAUGACUUGUUGAAGCCGAUGAUAGAUGUGGCGGAUGCACAAAGGUUUUUGAGAAUGUUAGGAACCUUUAAGAAUUUAUUCAUAUGAUAGGUUGUAUCAAACUUGCUCACUGAAAUGAUUAUAUAUUGCAGGCC